GGGGGAUGAAAUAAUGGCGACCCGUUGGGCGACGGGACCACCCGGGGGAGAUGGAGACGCCCAGCCGCCCGGAGGCGCCGCCAGCCGCGGCCAGGGAAGCCACGAAACAGAUUGGAGCCGAUGGAUACCAUAUUUGUUAAACAGGUUAAGGAAGGAGGGCCUGCUUUUGAAGCUGGUUUAUGCACAGGUGACCGAAUUAUAAAAGUGAACGGAGAAAGUGUUAUAGGGAAGACGUAUUCUCAAGUAAUUGCUUUAAUACAGAACAGUGACAGUGUAUUGGAACUUAGUGUUAUGCCAAAAGAUGAGGACAUCCUUCAGCUGCUGCAGUUUUCAAAGGAUGUCACAGCCCUGGCAUAUUCCCAAGAUGCCUACCUGAAGGGUAAUGAAGCCUACAGUGGCAACGCCCGCAAUAUACCUGAACCACCACCAAUAUGUUAUCCCCGGCUAACAUCCGCAGCUUCUGUCAUGGCACAACCUGUUGAGAAAGCACCUUCCGACUCUUCACUGGGAAAGCAGCAAACUAGUAGACCUGUUCGGAUAUCAGCACAACCAGAUAAGGCCUACAGAAUGGAAAUACAAGUGCCUCCAUCCCCAGCAGAUAUUGCAAAAUCCAACACAGCUGUCUGUGUUUGCAAUGAGACUGUAAGAACUGUUGUUGUGCCUUCUGAGAAGGCUGUAGACUUGCCAUCCUGUAGAACAAAUCACACUGGUCCAACACAACGAACCGAAGAAGGAAGAUACAGUUUCAAGGAACCACCUAGUCUAAAAACGAAAGCACGAACCACAUCACCACCCACUUCAAUGUCUACUGCCAUUGUACUUCCUCAGACUCCACUUACCAGGCCGGUGGAUCCCACCGGACUGGCUAGCAAAUCUGGAAGCUGUGGAGGGCAUCCAGAAGGAAUCUCAAAUUCUAGAUCUCCUGCUCAAAUGGCAGGUAAUCCCUCUGUGACUACCAAUCACUAUACUUCUCCAAAUGCCCACCAACACAUAGACUGGAAAAACUACAAAACCUACAAAGAAUACAUUGAUAACAGACGUUUGCACAUGUAUGGUUGCCGAACCAUACAGGAAAGAUUAGAUAGUUUAAGAGCAGCAUCUCAGAACGCAAUAGAUUAUAAUCAAGUGGUACCAAAUCGCACUGGCUCACAGGUACGACGGAGGAGCACCUCUCAUGAUAGGAUGUCGCAGUCCGUUCAGAUUCGGCGGAGGAGCAUGUCCCAGGAAAGACUUGAGGAUCCUGUCUUAAUGAAAGAUUGGCCAAGGAGUGCCUCGCAGGAUGCUCUAACCUCACCAAUUAUCAGCUCCCGAAAUUACAGGGCACGGUCUUGGGACUUUCUAGGCAAGCAGGGUGAAACAUUAGAAAACUUCCACACAGAGAAUCUUCUUGUAGAUUUAAAUAGAGAAAGAAAGAAGAGUAGCAAGUGGCCUGGAUUUACUGAACCGGAUGAUGGCCGAGGUAUUUAUGAGAGAUCUAGGCCUCAUGCAUUUCACGUGUCUCUUCGUGGUUCACCUUUUUCUGUGGUUCCAGGUGCUUACAGUUCAGACAGUAGGAGGAUGGGCAGUGGAGCCAUGGGUCCAGCCUCUCAGUUCCAGAAGGUCCCACCAGAUGUAAAAACACUGCAGCCUCCCAGAGACUUUUCAGCUGCUGUUGGGACCUCAAAAGGAAGACCAUCUCACAUAACAAGUAGAAGCACAAGAAGCAGCUCUUUGAAGACCUCUGUACCCUAUGCAGCAAAACCAUUGCUUCCCCUUAAUCAGAGUCUAGAUAAUGUUACUGCCAAAGACCAAAGAGAAGUAAAUCAUAUACACCCUGGUGGUUUGUUAAAUCAGCAGUCAAGAAUACAAGCAGAAAGUGUCCCAGACCACAAAGCAGAACUAGGCAUGAGCACCCUGCCCCUUACUUCCAGUAUAGCUUCGGCCAAAUUUGUCCCUCAGAUUAGUGAGCACUUAACUACCUCUGUUAAUUUAGAUGUCUCUGUCAGACAGAAGGUUCAAGAUGAAAGCAUGCAAGAGGCUAGGAUGCAGGCAACAGAUGAUGUAGUUGAGGAUGCAGAAAUAGUUACCCUGCGAGAAAAGUCCCCUUCUGGCCAUCAAACGCCACAGCCUUUGCGGCAUCAGUCCUAUAUUUUAGCCGUAAAUGAUCCAGAGCCUGUCUCUGACACUACUUGUUGGUUACCCAAUGAUGCACGUCGAGAGGUCCAUAUAAAAAGGAUAGAAGAAAGGAAAGGUUCUGGCUGCAGCCCACCGGGUGAUUCUUUGGCAUCUAUUCCAUUCAUAGAUGAACCCACUAGCCCUAGCAUUGACCACGAGAUCGCCCACAUUCCAGCCUCUGCUGUUAUUUCAGCUUCUUCCUCGCGAGCACCCACCAUCACAACUGUCCCUCCUAGUCCCACUUCUCUUGUCCCUUUAAUUCGACGUCAGCUAUCACAUGACCAUGAAUCCAUCAGGAUUAGUAUUCAGGAUGGCCAGUUUGCUGCAAAAAGUGAGAGGUCUAAAUCCUACGAUGAAGGACUGGAUGACUAUAGAGAAGGAAAAGUGUCUCUAAAGCAUGUAGCUAGCUUCAAAGGAAUCAAGGCCCCAGAUAGCCAAACAUCUUCAGAAAACUCAGGGUCCAGAAAAGCUUCUUCUUCAGAAGUCUUUGGCGAUGCCACCAAGGAAGGAUGCCUCUAUUUUCGCCAGCUAAUCACAGACAAGGGAAAGAGAGUUGGAGGUAGUAUCCGGCCCUGGAAACAGAUGCACGUUGUUCUUAAAGGCUGUUCCCUCUACCUGUACAAGGAUAAAAAAGAGCAAACGUUUCCAUCGGAGGAAGAGCUGCCCAUCAGCAUCAAUGCUUGCUUGAUCGAUAUAUCGUACAGCGAAACAAAGAGGAAAAACGUAUUUCGGCUGACCACCUCAGACUGCGAAUACCUGUUUCAGGCUGAAGACAGAGAUGACAUGUUGGCAUGGAUUAAGGCUAUACAAGAGAACAGCAAUUUAAAUGAGGAGAACACCGGUGUGACCAGCAGGGACCUAAUCAGCCGAAGGAUUAAAGAGUACAGCACAAUGAUGAGCGCUUCUAGCGGCAAAACAGAGCCGUCCCCCAAAACACCUCGCCAGAGCCUGAGCAUCAGGCAGACAUUCCUUGGCGCUAAAACUGAGCAGAGGACCCAAAGCCCGCAUUCUCCAAAGGAGGAAUCUGAAAGGAAGUUCAUUGUUAAAGAAAAAGAUGAGACAAGCCCACCAAAAGACAAAGGUACAUGGCGAAGAAACAUCCCCAAUAUCAUGAGAAAAACUUUUGAGAAGAAGCCGUCUGCAGCUGGGACCUUUGGAGUCAGACUGGAUGACUGUCCCCCAGCUCAAAGCAAUAAGUAUAUUCCUCUUAUUGUUGACGUAUGCUGCAAGCUCGUUGAAGAGAGGGGCCUUGAGUAUACAGGUAUUUACAGAGUUCCUGGAAAUAAUGCCGCUAUCUCAAGCAUGCAAGAAGAGAUCAACAAAGGAGUGACAGAAAUCGACAUUCACGAUGAUAAAUGGCGAGACUUGAAUGUCAUAAGUAGUUUAUUGAAAUCAUUCUUCAGGAAGCUUCCAGAGCCUCUCUUCACUAAUGACAAAUAUGCAGAUUUCAUAGAUGCCAACAGAAAAGAAGAUCCCGUGGAACGGCUGAAAACGCUAAAAAGGCUGAUCCGUGAUUUACCCGAACACCAUUAUGAAACGCUAAAAUUUCUGUCUGCACAUCUGAAGACUGUCGCAGAAAAUUCAGAGAAGAACAAGAUGGAACCCAGAAACCUGGCAAUAGUAUUUGGUCCAACUCUUGUGAGGACAUCUGAAGAUAACAUGACGCACAUGGUUACCCAUAUGCCUGAUCAAUACAAAAUUGUAGAAACGCUUAUCCAAAAACAUGACUGGUUUUUCGCAGAAGAUGAUGCUGAAGAACCUCUUACAGCAGUUCAGGAGGAAAACACUGUAGAAUCUCAGCCAGUGCCAAACAUAGAUCAUUUACUCACCAACAUUGGAAGGACGGGAGUGUCUCCUGGAGAUGUAUCAGAUUCAACUACUAGUGACUCUGCAAAGUCUAAGGGUUCUUGGGGAUCUGGAAAGGAUCAGUAUAGUAGAGAACUGCUUAAGUCCUCCCUCUUUGCAGCAGCCAGUCGCAAGCGAAAAAAACCAAAAGAGAAACCGCAGCCUAGCAGCUCUGAAGACGAGUUGGAUAAUGUGUUUUUCAAGAAAGAGUCUGUGGAACAGUGCCAUGGUGGCUCCACUAAAGAGGACGUAGAGAAAGAGACGGCUGGGAGAAAACAGAGAGCAGCAGGUCUGAAAGAGAAUAGUGUUAGGAAAUCUUCCACACCAAACAAAGAGGAAAACUUGUUGCCAAGGAAAGAGAGGGCACACUCAGAUGAUCCCUCAUCAACCUACCACCAAAAAUUUCUGAGAUCUCCAAAUCUCAGCUUUCGGCUGAGUACUCAGAAAGAUUGCACUAAACCUCCUGUCUUGCAAGCCUCUACUCAGAUGGAAGAAACGGUCUCAGACUCUGGCACUUUGCUCAGCACUUCUUCGCAGGCAUCUCUGCAGAGAUUCACCAGUAAGAAAUUGGCCCACCCUGAAAAUAAAUGCAGCGAGUUCUUAACAGCCAGCUCCAGCACCAGCACUUCGGAUUACUCGACAACCUCGUCUACUACGUACCUAACCGGGCUGGAUUCCUCUCUACUGAGCCCGGAGGGGCAGUCGGUGAUAGAGAGCAAAGGAGAGGAGGCCGAUGACGAGAGAAGCGAAUUGAUCAGCGAAGGUCGGCCUGUGGAAACGGACAGCGAGAGUGACUUCUCCGUUUUUGCCACCAGUUCAGCCGCAGAGAGGCUGUUCAGGGGGAAGAUGCAAGAUAUGGUGAAGGGCGGCCGGAGGGACUCUGAAGAAAGUGAAGUAAGUUACACCGAGGGAAGCUUGACGCCAAAGUUGGACAGCCGCAGACUGUUCAGUUCACACAAACUGAUUGAAUGUGACACUCUCUCUAGGAAAAAGUCAGCCAGGCACAAGACCGACAGUGAAGGCUCUGGAGAUGCUAAGUGUGAGAAGGAGCUGCCAUCAGUGACCAAAAUGUUUGACAUCAUGAAGAAAGGAAAGUCAACCAGCAGCUUAGCAGCCUCCCCCAGAAGUGAGCCUGAAAAACUAGAACCUACGUGGAGACUAAAGAUUACCGACAGGCUCAAACUGAGGCUCAAGGCUUCUGCAGAUGAUAUGUUUGGAGUGGGCCAUCAGAAAUCAAGCUCUGCAGAGACUGCCAAGAGAAAGAACAUCAGGCGAAGGCAUACGUUAGGAGGCCAAAGAGACUUUGCUGAAAUCAGUGUUCUGAAUGCAUGGAAAGCGCAAGAGACAAACAGGGAGAGAGACUCUUCAGCAGUGAACCGGCUGAAGCCCAAAUGUCCAGCACAGGACCUCUCCAUUUCGGACUGGCUUGCACGAGAACGUUUACGCACGAGCACAACUGACCUUAAUACGGGUGAAAGUGGAGAGCCCCGACUGGAGAACGCGAGCUUAGCAGAUUCACCGAAGACAGAGCUCUCUUUGCCUGCAGAGACACUGGCAGAGGACAGUAGUCGUUCUGGUAGUCUUACUGUGGUUCCUAGAACCCCGGUGUUGAGACCACCCCAGCCACUAGAUCACAUCAAUGGGGAAAGCUACCAGAAUAUGAACAAAGGCAGCUUCAGUCCAGGAGUUGAUGCCCAUCCUCAUAAAUUAUCUGGGACCCAGGUGGUUAGAUCUCGAUUUUACCAGUAUCUUUGAAAUGGAGCAGUAAAUGUCCACUUCAGCAGUUCAGUAGCGGCUUCACUGUUAAUGUGUCCCCACUUGUUCUGUAUAUAUUUCUUUUCUGUACUGUGUGAUUUUGCAGUUAUCAAAUGAGACUGGGUUUCAUCAGU